UCCCUCCUCGCCCUCCCUGUUAUAAAACAAGUCCAGCAGCAACGUGGGAUAUGACCAAACCAAAAGGCUACUGGUCACCUAACUCGGUCUGGACAUCUCUGGUCUGUGACCAUUCCUACCUAACCCCAAGUCUGGCACUAGACUGUCUACGUGAUACUAGUAUUUGGGUGUUCGGGGAUUCCAAUGGCGUUCGUCUCUACGGACAGCUUAGAGGCUGGAUACAGUGUAGCACCACACAGAGUGGUGCAUGGCCGUACAGGGAGGUGUGCAAAAACUCAGGAAACAACAUAACAUUGACCUUCACCCCACACGAAUACCCGCUUUAUCUCGGUUCUGAAUGGACGAACACGCUUCCGUACGACAGUGUAGCCCAACAUAUAGACGCUAUGCCUUCAAAUGGCAAAAUCAUUGUGGUGUUCCACUACUUUCUUCACGCUUUGACAUCACAUUUAAGUCUAGCCGAGCUCCGUCUUCGAUCUGUAACUGAAGCCUGCAAGCGACUUUUGGACAGAAACCCUGAUGCAACAAUAGCUUUUCGUGGUCCACACGUUGCUUCCCUUGAAUGGGAUUACAACCAUACAGUCAGUGGAGACAGUUUAGGAGAAUUUUAUUUAAAAAUAAUAUUAAACGUUUUUAAAGAACUUAUGAAGAGAGUAGUUUUUCUAGACGGCUGGGAUAUGACAAUAGCUUUGGAAAACUCAGGAUUCCACCCAACAGAUAACGUUCCAAAAUAUCUCAUCAAUACGUUGUUGGCGUUCAGAUGUAACUCUACAGGGUAUUUCAGACGAAGCUAGGAUCUUAAAACAAUACUUAUUUUUGUUUACAGACGGCAAUUUAUUUCUUAGAAAUCCAUACCAAGUGUGUGCUAUAACA